UCAUAUACGUAUGUCAGCUGAAAAUAAAUUGGGUUCAUCGGAAUUCUCUGAAGUUGUACAGGUCACCACACUAGAGGAAGUACCCUCCGCACCACCCCUCAAUGUAAGGGCGGAAGCAAAAAGUUCAACGGAGAUUGCUGUUUCCUGGGAUGCACCAGACCGUGACCACUGGAAUGGUAUACUAUUGGGCUACUACGUGGGCUAUCAAAUGUCUUUAACGCCCGAGGAUAUGGAAAUCAAUCCCACACUGGGUUUUAGUUUCAAAACCGUUGAAGUACGUUCACACUAUGGCGGUGAGACUGUUUUAAAUAAUCUCAAUAAAUACACCGAAUACCAUGUGAUUGUACAGGCCUAUACAAGUCAGGGUAGUGGACCACCUAGUAAGGAAAUUGCUGUACAAACAUUAGAAGAUGUGCCAUCUUCACCACCUGAAAGUCCACAAUGUGAUGUUUUGGGUUCAACAUCCAUUUAUAUAACAUGGUCACCACCCGAUAUUGAUGGACAAAAUGGUAAAAUUAAAGGCUAUAAAAUAUUUUACAUAUCAACAGAAGACUUGUAUG